UUUAAAAAUAAAAUGACAGAAAAGGUCAAAAUUCUUAUGUUAGGUGAAGGUGCUGUUGGAAAGUCUUCCCUUUUAAAUCGUUAUGUUGAUGAAAAGUUUUCUGAAAAUAUGUAGGCAACAUUAGGAGUUGAGUAUAGAUAGAAAAUUCUCACUUAAGGAGAUAAUCAAGUGAUAGUUUAAGUUUGGGAUACAGCAGGUAAUUAAAAUUCUUUAAUGCUUAGGUUAAGAAAGAUUUAGAGUAAUUACUCCUAUUUUUUAUAGAAAUGCCUAAGGAGUCUCUUUGGUUUAUAGUGUUGUUGAUAAAAACUCAUUUUAAUAAGUUUAAACUUGGAUUGAUAAUUUAAAAGAAUAAAUUGAUUGUGAAUAAAUCUCUAUUGUGUUAGUUGCAAAUAAGUGUGAUAUUUCAUAAAGAGAAGUAACCACUUUUGAAGGUUAACAAUUAGCAUAAAAAGUAUUAUUUUUUUUUAUUUUAGUACUAAAUUAAGUAUUUUGAAUGUUCUGCAAGAACAGGUGCAUAAGUCAAAGAAAUGUAUACUGAAUUAGUUCAAUAAAUUCUUAUAAGAAGAGGGUAAAAUUAAAAUUCUCAGGAUCGAGAUAAAAUAUAAUAAAAUAUCACAUUAGUUGGAGGAGAAACAUAAUCACAAAAAUGUUGUUGA